GGAAAACAUGGCAGAGAUGUUUCCCCGCUUGAGUAUGUUUAGAAUCGGAUGGAGAGGAGUGAGAUUGAGCAGGAAAGUCACUAAUGCAGCUGCUUCUGCGCAGACGCAGCGCCGCUACAGCACAGAUGUGUGUGAACGGGAUCGCAGCUUGUUUGGGCUUCUGUUUGACAUUGAUGGGGUGCUGGUACGCGGACGGACGCCCAUCCCUGCAGCCAAACAGUGUUUCAGGAACCUGGUGGACGGCGAUGGAAAAUACAAGGUUCCUGUGGUGUUUGUGACGAAUGCGGGAAACUCUCUCCGAGAAACCAAGGCCGAGCAGCUGUCUCACCUUCUGGAGGUUGAGGUGUCAGCAGACCAGAUUGUCCUUGACAAAAUAAACUCCAGUGUAGGUUUCAAGAACGUUGUGACCAUUGACAUGCUCAGGGAGGCGAAUCCUCUCCUGGAUGUAGUGGAUCACAAUCGCAGACCCAAAGACAUGAUUCCCCCGUCUAAGGAUUUGCCGCCAAUAGAUGCUGUCGUCCUGUUCGGUGAGCCUAUCAGGUGGGAGACCAACUUACAGCUGAUCACUGAUGUGCUCUUGACCAAUGGGAGGCCAGGAAACCCCGUGACAUCACUGCAUUACCCACACAUCCCUGUGCUGGCCUGCAACAUGGAUCUGCUGUGGAUGGCCGAAGCCAAAAACCCUCGAUUCGGUCACGGCAUGUUCCUCGUGUGCCUGGAGAGCAUCUAUAAGAAGAUAACAGGCUGUGAGCUAAAGUACGAGGCUCUGAUCGGGAAGCCCAGCGUUGUGACUUACAACUAUGCUGAACUGCUCAUUAGAAAACAAGCCGAGCAACUGGGCUGGACUCGACCGGUCGAGAGACUUUACGCCAUUGGUGACAACCCAAUGGCUGAUAUUUAUGGUGCAAACCUGUACAACCGCUACCUCAAAGCGAUGCAUCACACCCGUGCACAGGUGCAGGCGCAGGGCGGCUCGAGCAGCCAGGUGACCGGCGACCUGCAGUGCGAAGCGUCCAACGAUGCCAAGCACUCCGGACGGGUGAUGGUGGGAGGCUCGUUCGAUCACCGUCUGCCCGAAGGAUGCAGCUCCAUCCUGGUCUGCACGGGCGUCUACAACCACGACCAGCAGGACUUGCCCUCCGACACGGAGCAGACGGUCACAGAGCAGAAGAUUUUCCACGGUCACCGGGACUUCCGCUUCGACCCCAGCCUGACCCAGCCUUCCUUUGUCGUCCAUGACGUUCGGGAUGGAGUGGAGUUGGUCUUCCAGCUGGAGGGUUGGUCACUGCAGUAAAUCAUGAAAUAUUAUGCCAUAUCUACAUGCGAUGCAUCACGACUUGUCUUAUCGAAAUCAAUCCUGAUUAUAAUUCCUGUCUACACAGGAAGUGUCCAUUGCGUCUUCAGAUUUUUCUAUUUUUGUUUGUUGCGUCUUUUGAUUUUUGUUUACAUGCUUUUGAGCUA